ACACAAAGCCGAUUUGAAGGUGAGAGUCAUUUUACAUUGCCUAAACUAGCUGGUCAGGUGACAGCUCCCUGGUGCUACAGCCAUCUUUAACAGAAGACAUGUCAGUGUUUUGUGAGGUCCCACAGGGAGCCCCCGUAGCUGUCUUUAAACUAACGCAGGACUUCAAUAACGACCCGUUUCCAAAUAAGGUGAACCUUGGAGUGGGAGCGUACAGGACAGAUGAAGGCAAGCCAUGGGUUUUGCCGGUGGUGAAAAAGGUGGAGAAGAUCAUCGUGCACGAUGACAGGCUAAACCAUGAGUACCUGCCCAUCCUGGGACUCCCUGAGUUCAGAUCGUCCUCCUCCAAGAUCGUAUUGGGAGAUGACAGUCCUGCCAUUCGGGAGGACAGGGUGGGCGGUGUCCAGUGUCUCGGUGGUACUGGUGCUUUAAGGAUCGGUGCAGAGUUUCUGAGGCGAUUCUACAAUAGGAACAACAACACAAAAACGCCCGUCUACGUGUCUGCACCUACUUGGGAAAAUCAUAAUGCCGUCUUCAGCAGUGCUGGUUUUGAGGAUGUCCGUCCAUACAAAUACUGGGACGCACAGAAGAGAGGUCUUGAUUUGUCAGGUUUCCUUAGGGACUUGGAAAGUUGUCCAGAGCGCUCCAUCUUUGUCCUGCAUGCUUGUGCCCAUAAUCCCACUGGAACUGACCCCACACAGGAGCAGUGGAAGCAAAUAGCUGAAGUCAUGAUGAGGCGAAAGCUGUUUGUGUUCUUUGACUCGGCCUAUCAGGGGUUUGCCUCGGGUAACCUUGAGAAAGACGCUUGGGCUGUCCGCUACUUUGUCUCUAUGGGCAUUGAAAUGUUCUGCGCUCAGUCUUUCUCAAAGAACUUCGGACUCUAUAAUGAGCGUGUGGGCAACCUGACAAUCGUGGCUCGGGAUGCAGAUAACCUGAAGAGAGUUCUCUCCCAGAUGGAGAAGAUUGUCAGGACCACCUGGUCCAACCCACCCUCUCAGGGAGCUCGUGUCGUUGCGGUCACGCUUAGCUCACCAGAACUAUUUUCUGAAUGGAAGGACAACGUGAAGACAAUGGCUGACAGAGUCUUACUGAUGAGAGCUCAGCUUAAAGCCAAGCUUCAGGCUCUGGGAACACCAGGGACCUGGGACCACAUCACAGACCAGAUCGGCAUGUUCAGCUUCACAGGACUGAACGCUAAACAAGUGGAAUACAUGGUGAAGGAGAAACACAUCUACUUAAUGGCCAGUGGUCGCAUCAACAUGUGCGGGUUGACCAGCAAGAACAUAGACCAUGUGGCCGAGUCCAUCCACGAGGCUGUUACCAAGGUGCAGUAGGAUAAUCUCCCAGCCCUCAGCACAUCCUGCUGCCCUGCCCGGAGGAGCAGUGAUCGCAGAGGCAGUGUUUGUCCCACAGAUUUAAUUAUACCCAGAUGGCUUCCCUGUAUUUUAAUUCACUGUGUUAAGAUGGGUUUAACACAUCCUAAGCAGGGAUGCCAUUAUGCAGAUAGUUUUUGUUUUUUCAUUCAUCACAUGUUGUCAUAGAUCAUGUUCUUUGUUUUGUUCCAUAUGUUAAUCUUGAAGUGGUAUAGCAUGUAUUUGUUUUGCUGCUGAUUCCUAAGAUACCUCUUUUUCAAGCGUGAAAAGAUUAAAGCAGUAAAACAUAAAGCAGCAUUAACAGGACCAAUUUAACUUAUGAUCCAGCUAUUAUGAAUGACUAAAGAAAAAUUAUAGCUGGAUUAAAUUAAAACUGUUGUUCUCAGGAAUGUAUUUCAUCUUUAUCUAUGUAAUUUAUUAGUACCCUGUGGAAUUAUAGUUUUUUCCUCCCCUA